AUGCGAACAUUGGAAUGGGAUAAUAUGGGUGUGAAAAUCGAAGGUCAGCGGUUACACCAUCUUCGCUUUGCUGAUGACAUCGUCUUUAUAACACCAAACAUUAGCCAAGCAAAACGUAAGUUUGACGACUUUGAUAAACCCUGUGGAAAGAUUGGUCUUCGACUAAAUCUCACAAAAGCGCUGUCCAUGAUGGCCUACUCUUGCACGCGACAGAGAAAAAUGGACGAUUUACUGGCGCCCACUCGAGUCACUCGAUGA